GCAGCCGCCAUUUUCAAAUGCCCGGAUGAUGGCGGCCGCUCUCUGCUAGCCAGCAGCUUACUGCCUGGCAGAAGCUGGCGGGCACAGUGCCCGCCGCCGUCGGUCUCCCAGGCACCCGGCCACGGCCCCACUCCCCCUCCCAGGCCAUGGAGCCAGAGCCGGCGGCUCAGAAGCAGCCCCGGCCGCGGAGGCGAAGCCGCAGGGCCUCGGGGCUCAGCGCGGAAGGUGCUGCGGGGCCUGCGACGGAUGCCCCGCGGCCGGAGACUGACGGGAGAUACUCCCUACGGAGAGGCAGCUCCUUCACAUUUUUGACACCUGGCCCUCACUGGGACUUCACUUUGAAAAGAAAACGAAGAGAGAAAGACGAUGACGUUGUAAGCCUUAGCAGCCUUGAUCUGAAGGAGCCAAGCAAUAAAAGAGUUCGACCUCUAGCUCGGGUCACAUCCUUGGCAAACUUAAUCUCGCCUGUAAGAAAUGGAGCCGUCAGACGCUUUGGUCAAACAAUACAGUCAUUUACCCUCCGUGGUGACCACAGAUCCCCAGCCUCUGCCCAGAAGUCAUUCAGCAGGUCGACAGUCCCAACACCUACCAAGAGAAGAAGCAGUGUGCUGUGGUCGGAGAUGUUAGAUAUCAAUAUGAAGGAAUCUUUGACCAGUAGGGAGAUCAAGCGGCAGGAGGCAAUAUAUGAAAUGUCCCGAGGCGAGCAGGAUUUAAUUGAGGAUCUCAAGCUUGCAAGAAAGGCCUACCAUGACCCCAUGUUAAAGUUGUCUAUCAUGUCAGAAGAGGAACUCACACAGAUAUUUGGUGAUCUGGAUGCUUACAUUCCUCUGCAUGAAGAUUUGUUGACAAGAAUAGGACAGGCAACCAAGCCUGAUGGAACCGUGGAGCAGAUCGGCCAUGUUCUCGUGAACUGGUUACCCGGCCUGAACGCCUACAGAGGCUACUGUAGUAACCAGCUGGCAGCCAAAGCUCUUCUAGACCAGAAGAAGCAAGACCCAAGAGUCCAAGACUUCCUCCAGCGCUGCCUCGAGUCUCCCUUCAGUCGAAAACUAGAUCUUUGGAGCUUCCUAGAUAUCCCUCGAAGUCGCCUGGUCAAAUACCCUUUACUGUUGAAAGAAAUUCUCAGGCACACUCCCAAAGAUCACCCUGAUGUUCAGCUUCUGGAGGAAGCAGUAUUGAUAAUACAAGGAGUUCUGUCCGAUAUCAACUUGAAGAAAGGCGAAUCCGAGUGUCAGUAUUACAUUGACAAGCUGGAGUACCUGGAUGAGAAGCAGAAGGACCCCAGGAUCGAAGCCAGCAAAGUGCUGCUGUGCCACGGGGAGCUGAAGAAUAAGAGCGGCCAUAAACUGUACAUUUUCCUGUUUCAAGACAUCCUGGUUUUGACCCGGCCUGUUACCCGAAAUGAGCGGCACUCGUACCAGGUAUACCGGCAGCCGAUCCCAGUCCGGGAGCUGGUGCUGGAAGACCUGCAGGACGGGGACGUGCGCAUGGGCGGCUCCUUCCGAGGGGCUUUCGGCAACUCGGACAAAGCUAAAAACAUCUUUAGAGUCCGUUUCCAAGACCCCUCCCCUGGCCAGUCCCACACUCUGCAAGCCAACGACGUGUUCCAUAAGCAGCAGUGGUGCGGCUGCAUCCGCGCAGCCAUCGCCCCUUUCCAGCAGGCCGCCAGCCCCCCAGAGCUCCAGGGCUCAGCAGAGCUCCCCGGAGAGUGUGAGAACAAGCCCCCUGCGGGGGACCGCGGAGCCCCUCGGAGGGCGUCUGUCGUGUCCAGUGUUCUGCAGGUAGAGGAUGAAAACGCCUCAGAGUGUGGCUCCACUGUACAGGCUGCCGGGAGCGUGAAGGUGCAGCGAGCACAGGCCGGCUUCCGAAGAGCACGGGACAAAGUACAGUUAGGUAGCAAGAGGAAAGAGACUCUGGUGUAAAAGUUAUUUAUACAUUUGUACAGUUUUUUCCUUGUAAUGGAGCAGCAGCCUAGGGUUACUCUGUACCCAGUUGUAACAUGUUCAAUGGUUUGGGGCUCUCUCUCUCUCUCUUUCUCUCUCCCUCCCUCCCUCUCCUCUCCUCUCUCUCCUCUCUCCUCUCUCCCUCUCCCUCUUCCCCCGCCUCAAUGGCAGCUAAAGAUACACAGAUUACUGUUAAAUCACAGACUUUUAAAAAGGACAUUUCCUUGGAUUUAGAUCGUGCAAACCUGGUAUUUUUAAUCGCAUGAAAUAUGUAUGAAUGGGUUCUCUCUAGAUUCGUUAUGGCUCCCCAUUAUCAACCAAAUGUGAUGCUUACCGUAUUUGCCAAAACUUGGGGUUUUGCAAAUACUGAAAUUCUGCCAGUGUUCUUUGUUAAAACUUGGUGUGAAGAAUUUGAAGUUUUGAUGACAACUACAACAUAUGUGGAAGAUUUUUAGGUUUGAAAUAUUUAAAUAUUUACAUUGAAGCUGUCAAGGAAAACAAACCACAAAACCUGUGAGUUUUCCAUUUUUGUCAACUGGAAUGCUUUAUGUUGGUUUUUCCCUGCACAUUCCUCAUUUUUCAUCCAUUUAUUCUGCCAGAUAUUUAAUUUUUUUAUUGUAAAGUAGUUUUUAGUAUUUGCUUUUAUUUUUUUACUUUGAUGCCUUUUUAAAUUGGCAUGUCCUUAAAGUUUUUCUUCUCAAUUAAAAAUGUGUGUGUUUGUAUGUGUGUGUGUAUGUGUGUAUAUAUAUAUAUGUAUGUGGGGGUUUUUUUUAAUCAUAUUCUUUACCAAGUGAAAGCAAGCCAUACUGUUUUGAGCCAAUUCAGAAAAAUGCCGUUUUUACAGUACAGCAUGUCAGAGUGCUGAAGACCCAGGAAAUGACAGUUUAUUCUAGACUACUGAAAGAAAACCACUUUAAGGAUCUGGGUUAAAGUUGAAGUGUUGUCUGAAAAGUAAGAGGGAAGGCAGGUGACUGGGAUAGUGGAAGAAGAGGGAGAAGAAAGUAGUUCAUCUAAAGUGAAAGUGUCUGCCACCAGAGUGUGGAAAGAGACAGAAAAAGUCCAACUCGAGGGUCUGGGGUAAGUUGUAGAGGGCCAGAGGAGAUGGGAACUGUGCUUGCUUUGGUUUGUAAUACCUGCAAAUGCCAAAUUUGAAAAGAUGCAGUGAAAUUCGACCACAGUAGAUUAAUUUCGGUUGGAUUUCUUCAUAAGACAGAAAAAGGGGUGGUGAUUCUUAACUUCAAAAUGUUUCUGUUUAAAAUGGGAUUCUACUCUUUAAAGGGGAGGGGAAGGAGGGCUAAUGCUCCGCGCCACCCCAGGGUUAUAAUGGUGGUCAAGUCAGUGUUAACCAUUACGUGAAAUACCGGCCGGUGAGAAUGAGAAUUGGAAAAGGCUGUAAAUAGAUCAAUCAAACGAUUUCUUUGUAUAAAUGAAUUAUACAAUUAAAAAGAAGCACACACAUAAUCACCCUGAGUGUUUCUUGCCUGGCGGAUGUUUCGAGGGGCGUCUGCCGGAACACAAUGGUAUACCAGAGGGGUGCAUCAUGGCAAACCUUACAAGAGUUAGGAACAUCACAAAUAAUUGAUGAGUAAGUAAAGUUCAGUCAGGUUCCAUCUUCUGAGCCUUAUAUAAUCUUUUUUUUCUUUUUGAGGCAGGGUCCCCCCCCUGUACUCCCAGCUGGCCUGGAACUCGCUCUACAAACCAGGUUGGCCUCCACCGCCUCUGCCUCCUCAGUGCUGGGAUUAAAAAUGCACACCACCGCCUUAAUCCCAUCCCUCAGGAGGUGGAAGCAGGUGGAUCUCUGUGAGAUCGAGGCCACCCUGGUUCACAUUGUGACUUGCAGGUGGGCUGUGACUAGGGAG